AUGUCGACAAGUCCACGCUCGUUAACCUUUGAGUUAGAAAUUGUCAGAGACAUCAAGGAGAAGCUCUGCUACGUCGCUCUUGACUUCAACGAAAAAAUGCAAAAAUCUGCCUCAUCAUCAGAACUCGAGAAGUCAUACGAACUUCCAGAUGGUCAAGUCAUCACAAUCGGAAACGAGAGAUUCAGAUGCCCAGAAGCACUCUUUCAGCCAUCAUUCCUUGUUAUGGAAGCAUCAGGUAUCCACGAGACAACUCACAACUCAAUCAUGAAAUGUGAUGUCGAUAUCAGAAAGGACUUGUACGGAAACAUCAUCUUGUCUGGUGGAAAAUCAAUGUACCCAGGCAUCAAACCAAUGGCACAAAAUGGAGGUGGUUGUAGAUGA